GGGCUGCGGCACAGACGGUGGGCUGAGCUCAGCGUCUGGCUGUGUGGACAUGGCCGGCCCAGGGUUUCGGGGCCACCCCACAGGACCUCUCCUGCUGCUGCUGCUCUUGCCCCAGGCGCUGACGGAGGGACCCCUGGUGUUUGUGGCUGUGGUGUUCCGCCAUGGCGACCGGGCCCCGCUGGUGUCCUACCCCACCGACCCACACAAGGGGGCCAUCUCCACCCUGUGGCCGCGAGGCCUGGGCCAGCUGACCACGGAGGGGGUCCGCCAGCAGCUGGAGCUGGGCCGCUUCCUGAGGAGCCGCUACGAGAACUUUCUGAGCCCUGAGUACCGGCGGGAGGAGGUGUACAUUCGCAGCACCGACUUUGACCGGACGCUGGAGAGCGCUCAGGCCAACCUCGCAGGGCUGUUCCCCGAGGCUGCCCCAGGGCGCCCAGAGUCCGCCUGGAGGCCCAUCCCUGUGCACACGGUGCCCACCUCUGAGGACAAGCUCCUGAGGUUCCCCAUGCGCAGCUGUCCCCGAUACCACGAGCUGCUGCGGGAGGCCACGGAGGCUGCCGAGUACCAGAUGGCCCUGGAGGGCUGGACGGACUUCUUGACUCGCCUGGAGAACUUCACCGGGCUGUCGCUGGUCGGGGAGCCGCUCCGCAGGGCGUGGAAGGUUCUGGACACGCUAAUAUGCCAGCGAGCUCACGGCCUUCCUCUCCCCUCCUGGGCCUCCCCGGAUGUCCUGCAGACUCUAGCCCGGAUCUCAGCUUUGGAUAUUGGGGCCCACGUGGGCCCACCCCGGGCAGCAGAGAAGGCCCAGCUGACAGGGGGGAUCCUGCUAGAUGCCAUCCUUGCCAACUUUUCUCGGGUCCAGCGCCUGGGGCUGCCCCUCAAGAUGGUUAUGUACUCAGCUCACGACAGCACUCUGCUGGCCCUCCAGGGGGCCCUGGGUCUCUACGACGGGCACACCCCACCAUAUGCUGCCUGCCUCGGCUUCGAGUUCCGGAGACGCCUGGGGGACCCGGAUGAGGACUCAGGGAAUGUCACCAUCUCCCUCUUCUACCGCAAUGACUCUGCUGGCCUGCCCCUGCCCCUCAGCGUCCCCGGGUGCCCAGCCCCCUGCCCACUGGGCCGCUUCCGCAAGCUGACCGCCCCCGCCCGGCCUCCGGCACACGGGGUCCCCUGCCACGGCUCCCACCAGCUUGCCACCCCCACAGCCACUGUGGUGCCCCUGCUGGCUGGGGCUGUGGCUGUGCUGGCGGCACUCAGUAUGGGGCUGGGCCUGCUGGCCUGGAGGCCCAGCUGCCUGCGGGCCUGGGGGGGCCCCGUGUGAGCCGGGAAACUGGGCACCACCUCCCCACAGCUGACACUGGACCCCAACAUGUAUGCUCACUUGCUGC